UGUCUUAAUGACAACCGAUGGCCUCAUAUUGACAAGACAGCUGGUUGCCUUGCAGAGGGCAGGGCUUGACGGUCUGAACAUCAGCUUAGACACCCUGCAGUCCCAACGCUACAACCAGAUCACGAGGAGGAAAGGCUGGGAGCGUGUCAUGGCUGGCAUAGAUCUAGCCUUGCAACUUGAAUACGACCCUGUGAAGAUAAAUUGUGUUGUAAUGCGAGGUUUUAAUGAAGAUGAAGUGUGCAGUUUUGUGGAGUUAACAAAAGAGAAAAAUGUUGAUGUAAGAUUUAUCGAGUACAUGCCUUCCAGCGGCAACAAAUGGAAUGAUGGGAAGAUGGUCUCAUUUAGUGAAAUGCUCCAAAUAAUUAGAAAGCAGUGGCCUGAUUUUGAUCCUCUUCCCAAUGGGCCCAAUGAUACCUCAAAGGCAUACCAUGUCCCGGGCUUCAAGGGACGUGUGGGAUUUAUUACCUCAAUGAGUGAACACUUCUGUGGCACGUGCAACCGUUUACCGAUAACAGCUGAUGGCAAUUUGAAGGUGUGUCUCUUUGGGAAUUCAGAGAUAUCUCUCAGGUGAGUGAUGAAACAUAGAAUAAUCAUGUCCAAGUGAAAAUUCAUGCAAGGAAACCAUAAAAUUACUAGAAGACUGACAGACUGAUCAGUAUUUUACCUUCAGGAGGUGAAAUUCCAAAACUUCUUAUAGACACAUUUGUUCCUCUUGUCCUCACAUUAGUUGUGGAGUCCGAGUGACCUUUCAGACCUUCAGAAACUUAUCCCUCUUUCCUCUCUCAUGAAGGAACUGAUAGUUCCAAAUGCUGAGUAUAGAAUAAUACUUUCAAACUGUUUGCCAUGCACAUUAGGUAUGUGGUUGGUAUAUG